UUUCACCGGAUCAGGCGGUUUCCCGCCGUACAUCUUGGACCUGGGCAUAUAUCAUGUGGCUUGCGUACACGUCAACAUCUCUGGAUCGCCGAGUUGCGGAACAGUUUGGAAAUACACUCUUCAUUAUUAGUCUCAAUCAAGGAUUAGGUAACUAUGUAUCUGGCAUAUCGUCUCUUUCUCAUUAUCCGCACGAGCAAGAAAUGCUGUUAGCAUGCGGAUACCGUCUCAAAGUGGAUAAAGUUGAACGUGACUCAAGGAAUGCAAAAUAUUUAAUUCAUCUAUCGGAUCACGGCUGGUUAAUGAAUUAAUAGUAGCUGACCGCUCGCUACUCAUUGUAAUAAACCUAGUAUUCAUUUUGCUGUUUCCGAUCUAUCAUUCAAAAGGAAGCAUCCAUGAAGGACGGGUGUGGGUGUGGGUGUGACAACAAUAAACACUCAUCCAUACCCAUACCUGUACAUCCACACCUACACCCUCAAAGAAAUAAUUUAUGGCUGUGUUAUGUGAAAAUUUAAAGAAAACAAAAACUCUCUUAUUUUGACACUAUAGGACUUUGUUGAGAAAACUUUUGAACAUAAGAAAAAGACAAAGCUUCAAUUCUAAUAAAACAAAUAGUUGUAUUUAUCAAUAUAACUGAGCAUGAUAACAUAUAUAUUCAAGUGAACUGUAUUGUAUGGGUUUAGAUGCAGAGAAAGUUCACACCAACACUCUCAACAUUUAAAAAAAAACAAUUUGAAUCACGGUAAAUUAAAAAGAAUCUAUCGAAUAAAAUAAAUUCAGGUUAACUUAACUAUUAAUAACAUUUGUGCUUUGAUGGACAAAAAGAAGGAUAUUCGAAACAUGUCUGUUAUCGUGCAUGCUUAUCAUAGAAAUCGGCACUAAUAGAUUUAUUUGUAUAUAAAGUGAGCAUUAAUAUUCAACAAAAAGUUGAUGAAAUGCGUUUAAUAGAUACAUGAAAAGAUGAACGAGAAUGAUCUAUUACAAUUAAAUCAAUAUAUGAUUAAUUCAUUCGUUUUUUGUUUAACAUUAAAUAUUUUGAACUUUUAGAGAUAUUUCACAUUAUUAUGAAUUAUCUGCUAAAGAUUGAGAAUUUAUUAAACAAGCACAUAAAAUAGAUAUAUCUUAUUAUUUAAUUAAUCUUAUUGAUUCACCAAAUCAUACAAGUUUUUCAUGAAAAGUUACUGAUGGUGCUCUUGAUGUUGUUGAUUGUGUUUCAGGUAUUAUUAAGUUAAAUUUUGGAAAAAAAAACAAAGAAGUCUUUGUACAAAUUGAAAUUGUUCUUGGUCAACCUAUUGCUGAUCGUAUUAUAUCAAUAUUAUUCAUAUAUAGAAUACAUCGUAAUUUACUUGAAUUAUCAAUUCAACAAGAAGAUCUUUUUCAAACAUUUCAACGUAUUAUUCAAAAAUGUUAA